AUGGCAUUUGGAGCACCAAGAGGUAGAGGCGGAAGCCGUGGAGGCGGCCGCGGAGGAUUUUCAGGAAGAGGUGGCCGCGGUGGUGCCUCAGCAGGAAGAGGUGGCCGUGGUGGAGCCAGAGGUGGCGCCAGAGGUGGUGGAAGAGGUGGAGCUAGAGGUGGCCGUGGAGGCGCACGUGGUGGAGCUAGAGGAGGAGCCAAGGUUGUCAUUGAACCACAUAGACACGCUGGUGUUUUCAUUGCCAGAGGAAAAGAGGAUUUGUUAGUCACGAAAAACAUCGCUCCUGGUGAAUCUGUCUAUGGGGAAAAGAGAAUAAGCGUUGAAGAACCAGCCAAGGAAGAAGGAGCAGCACCAACUAAAAUUGAGUAUCGUGUAUGGAAUCCAUUCAGAUCAAAGUUGGCUGCUGGUAUCAUGGGUGGUAUCGACGAAUUGGGUGUUGCACCAGGAAAGAAGGUUUUGUAUUUGGGUGCUGCAUCAGGUACUUCCGUCUCUCAUGUUGCUGAUGUUGUUGGACCAGAAGGUUUGGUCUACGCUGUGGAAUUCUCUCAUAGACCUGGAAGAGAGUUGAUUGGUAUGGCCAAAAAGAGACCAAAUGUGAUACCAAUCAUCGAUGAUGCCAGACACCCACAAAAGUACAGAAUGUUGGUGGGUAUGGUUGAUUGUGUUUUCGCCGAUGUUGCUCAACCAGAUCAAGCUCGUAUUAUCGCAUUGAAUUCCCACUUGUUCUUGAAAGACGGUGGUAUUGUUGUUAUAUCCAUUAAGGCCAACUGUAUUGAUUCCACUGUUGAUGCUGAAACAGUUUUCGCUAGAGAAGUGCAAAAGUUGAGAGAAGAAAGAAUCAAACCAUUAGAGCAAUUGACGUUGGAACCAUAUGAGAGAGACCAUUGUAUAGUUAUUGGCCGUUACAUGAGAAGUGGAAUUAAAAAGUAA